AAAAUAAACUUGAAUUAUAAAAGAAAAUGAUUUUGAAUUCUUUUUCUUAUUAUUAUGCCAAAUUAUUCUUUUUUCUAUUUCCCGGUAAUGUUUAUGUAACUUUCCAAAUCAUCUGGCCCGAGGUAACAGCGUAAGAACCUCUUCAUAACAACUUUUGAAAUUACAAUAACAGACUAGAAUAUUUUCAUAAGAUGUUCACUCAAAAUACCAAGAGAUUUAUUAGAUUCUAUCCUUUAUUCAAGUUAAGGAAUUCUGUUAGUCAACUUCAUAUAACAGGAAAAAGACAAUGGAAUAAAAAAACUGAACAUUUCCUAUCUCCUAAACUCAACAAUGAACAAUUUUUCCGUAGUAUGUUUAUUCAAACUCAAGACACACCAAAUCCAAACAGUUUAAAGUUUUUACCUGGUACUAAGGUACUUGAAGAAAGACAGACAAUGGAUUUUCCUUCUGUUAAGGAAGCUGCGACUUCUCCUCUUGCUAAACUUUUGUUCAGAAUUGAAGGUGUCAAAGCUGUUUUUUUUGGACCUGAUUUCAUAACUGUUACAAAGAUUGAUGAUGAUGUGGAAUGGAAAAUUCUAAAGCCGGAAAUUUUUGCUACAAUAAUGGACUUUUUUUCUAGUGGUUUACCUAUUCUUCUAGAUGUAAAACCGAAUUCUGAUACUGAAAUACUAGAAGAUGAUGAUGAAGUAGUUCAAAUGAUAAAAGAACUUUUGGAUUCUAGAAUUAGGCCUACUGUUCAAGAAGAUGGAGGUGAUAUUCAGUACUUGGGAUUUGAAGAUGGCAUUGUCAAGUUGAAAAUGCAAGGCUCAUGUACAAACUGCCCCAGUUCAGUUGUUACUUUAAAGAGUGGAAUUGAGAACAUGCUACAGUUUUAUAUACCUGAGGUGAAAGGAGUGGAAUCUGUUGAUGAUGAAAUUUCCAUUAUAACAAAGUAUGAAUUUGAAAAAAUGGAAAGGAAGAUGAGAGAAAAAGAAAAAGAAAAAAGUAAAGAAUAAUACUUUUGUUUUAAUGUUUUACCAGAAGCCAUGGUAUCGUUUAUAUUUGUUACUUUUAAUGUAGCAUAUUUUUAAAUUUAUAAUUUAAGAGUAAUUUAUUCAAUUAGUUAAGAUGUACCUAUAAAAAUGUACAUAUGAUGUUAUCUUGUUAUUGUUUGAUUAAAAUUAUUUAUUCAUCAGCCAUAGAAAUCGUUUGCUGUAAAUAAAUAUAUUUUGAAUUUCAUUCCUUGAU